CAUGGAGGCGAGGCAGCAGGCCGGCAGCGCGGCCCUGUGCGCCAGCGGCUGCGGAUUCUUCGCCGGCGUGGCGACAAACGAUCUCUGCUCCAAGUGCUUCAAGGAACAGCAGCUGCUGGACGUAAUGGCCUUUGAUGGCGCCAUCAUGUCCGGCCUCAGGUCGCUGACCAUCAGGUUGACGAAAGGCGGAGGCGAGGAGGAGACGCCCGAGAAGACGAUCAAGAACCGAUGCAGCGCGUGCCAGAAGAAGGUGGGGCUGCUGGGAUUCGCCUGCCGGUGCGGGGCCACCUACUGCGGCGCGCACCGCCACGCCGACGCCCACACCUGCUUCUUCGACUACAAGGCAGCCGGCCGCGAGCAGAUCGCGCGCCAGAACCCGCUCGUCGUCGCGCCCAAGAUGGCGAGGAUUUGAGCGCUUCUACUCACGACAUGUACCCCUAGCUGCACCGACUCCUGCGAGAGACGCCCUAGGGAUGUACUGUGAAAUUAGUACUCCCUCCAUUCCAUAAUGUAGUGCUUCCUCUAUCCACGUGCUUCA